UUUUGAAAAAUGUUUCCCCGGAAGUGUUUCCCGCUAAGGUUAUCAGGGCGCAUCGGUCCUAGCAGUGCUUGUGCUAACAUAAGCGAUUAAGCUAACGCCAUAAACUUGUUGGCUUGGUUUUCUCAAAGCCCUUUUGUUUGAAUUUCUUCCAAAAUCUUGGGAGUGAACAUUAACAUUUCACAGAAGAGUGGUCUGUACACGCCCGUGGAAGAUAAUGUUGUUGUGAACGUGAUGACUGGUUUAUUUUUAGGGAGAAGCCAGGUUGUGGUUGUUUUAAUAGCGGCGUCCUUUUGAGUAAAUAGCUUGCACUUGACAGACAUGGAGGCUCCCAACAUUGAAGAUAUGAUCGACUUUCGCCGGUUACCCAAAGAUACGCUUGUCCUCCUGCUGUUGCUGCUUUACUUUCCUGUUGGCAUUUGUUUGAUGUUAUUACGGAUUUUUAUCGGCAUCCACGUUUUCUUGGUCAGUUGUGCACUACCAGAAAGUUUUCUUAAAAGAUUCAUUGUGAGGGUUAUGUGCUCGGUUUUGGGGAUGCACGUGAGACAGAAGAAUCCUCGGUCCAGAGACAAGAAUACCAAACUUUUCAUAUGCAAUCACGUGACAGAGUUUGAUCACAACAUAAUCAACCUCCUGACCCCCUGCUGCACUCCCCAGUUCGAGGGCUCCACAGGUUUUGUAUGUUGGGCCCGAGGUUUCAUGGAAGUUCAUCCAGCACCUGGCCAGGAAGCCAUCGGAGAGUUCUUACAGAGGUACUGCUCCAUGGAAGCUGUCUCACCCUUGCUUCUGCUUCCUGAGGAGGACACUACAAAUGGCCAUGUAGGUCUGCUUAAGUUCAGUUCAUGGCCUUUCUCUUUGACGGACUCCAUUCAACCUGUGGCUUUACGGGUUGCACGACCCCUGAUUUCUUUGAACACACCACAGUCCAGUUGGUUGACAGAGCUUUUAUGGACAUUUUUUGCUCCAUUUACAGUGUAUCAUGUAAGUUGGUUACCACCAGUUUCCCGACAAGAUGAUGAGUCCUCACAGGAGUUUGCCAACAAAGUCCAGGAGCUGCUGGCCUGUGAACUGGGCUUGGUCUCCACAAAGCUCACCAGAGCUGACAAAGCAGAGCACAUCAAGAGGAAACGACAUGCUGUGCCACCAACGUCUACAAGAGUGAGGCCUGCUUCUAUCAGCCUGGGUUUCAUGGUGCCGACUUUGGGAACAGAUGAACGCAGAAUUGCUAAGAUGGCCCAGCAAGUGAAGGAUGUACUGCCUCACAUCCCACUGAACAUCAUUGUAAAGGACUUAGCAAAAACCAAUUGUGUUGACCACACCAUUACAAACCUCCUGGAGAACAGGGCAGAAGCUUCAGUGGAAGAAACUGGGACGUCAUCCUUUGGAGCAUCAAUGAACAGCACAUACUCUUCUAGUUCUGCUCCAACAACAAAGCCUGCUGGCAAACCUUUUGCGAAAUCCCCAGCUGACAGACAUUUGUCUCUCCAAGAGAGGAAAGAAGCGCUGUACAAUUUUGCACGAAGACGCUAUAUUGAAAAACACGGGUUGGACCAAGAAGACGGUCACUGAACACUUUGGAUCAAGCAUUCAAUUAAUCUGUCUUAUCUUGAAAGAUGAUUUUUAUACUCAGUCAAAUUGCGGGAUGUUGAUAAAGAGACUCAAAGUGAUUUAUGCAUGUUCAAUACUUCAUUCUUGCUGAUGCGUCAUUUUGAUAACACUUUUUAUUAUGAUGCUGACUGUGAAUCAUCUAUUUAUUUUUAUAAUGUCAAGAGUUGUCCAAUAAAAUAAAGUUUAGCUUGUCCGAGCAA